CACGAUUGAUAGCCAAAGUACCUAUUCAAUAGUAGAUAGGGCGCCAGUUGUUGCAUGGCAGUAUACAGGCAUAUGCUGUGACGCCGUAUCCCCAUACUUUCAGGGUUUUCAUGCAUCCGUCAUACCGUGUGGAGGGACGCCUGCAGAAUUGCCCCUCAUUUCCUCGCUAUGCUCCUCCACUUUCCCCGACGGAAAGAUUGGUUUUACACAGCUUGACAGAUGUUAUUCGGGGCUGAGGGAGCUGACCAUGAUAUUCGUCUUAAGAAGCUUGUCUCUCUUGGCCCACAGGCAACCGGCAACGGUUACCAGGGAAGGCAUGGGGUUCUACAACUGAAUCAGGUACUGGUACUGCUGCAGCCCCUCAUCCCUAAACUGCGCACACCAAACCCAAUUCAUCUGAUACCCAUCUCCAAUCAAUUGGGGGAAAACAAAAGAAAAGAAAAAAAAGAGACAAAUAUUCCAACAUUCAACACCCACAAAACCCUGACAAUGUCCCAACCACCCCGUCUCUACCCCUCCUCCCCCCGCGACGCCCUCGUCUCGCAGUACGUAGGGCAGCCGCUCUCGGCCCUGCCCACGCCGGCCGCGGUGCUGGACGUGGCCGCGGUGCGCCGCAACUGCGCCCGCAUGCUGUCGUGCGCGCGGGACCUGGGCCUGCAGUGGCGGGCGCACGUCAAGACGCACAAGACGGCCGAGGUCACGCGCCUGCAGGUCGGCGACUCGGACGCCGACGGGCCCGCGCGCAUCGUCGUCUCCACGCUCGAGGAGGCAGAGUUCCUCCUCCCGCUGCUGCGCGAGUACGGCGGCCGCGGACGCCCCGUCAACGUCCUGUACGGCCUGCCGCUCCCGCCCGGACAGCUGGCGCGCCUCGCCGCGCUGGGGCGGGAGCUGGGCCCCGGCAGCAUCAGUGUGCUGGUCGACCACCCGGCGCAGCUGGAGUGCUUGGAAAAGUUUGCGCAGGCCGGCGCGGACGCCCGCGUCGUCCCGCACGCCUACAUCAAGAUCGACAUGGGCGGCAGGCGGGCGGGCGUGCAGCUCGAGAGCGCGGCGUUCACGGCCGUCGUCGAGGCGGCGCUGCGGGCGCACGACGCGGGCGCCGUCGUCCUGAGCGGCCUGUACUCGCACGCCGGGCACUCUUAUGCCGGCGACAGCCGGGCCGCGGCCGUCGCCAUGAUGGCUGCCGAGAUUGGCGCGCUGGUGCGGGCCGCCGACGCGGUGGUCGAGGCACGGGCUGCGGGCGCGGGCAAGGGGCUGCCGCCGCUGGUGCUCUCGGCCGGAGCGUCGCCGACGGCGCUGGCGGUGCAGAACUUGUUGAGCGGCGAGAUGGAGCAGAUGGCGAGCGGGGCGGGGAUGCCAGACGACGCGGGGGCGCCGCGGCAGCUGAUGGCGGCGGUGCUGGACCUGGGGGCGCUGCUGGAGGAGGUGCAGGAAAAGGGCCACGUGGCGGAGAUGCACGCGGGGGUGUACCCGCUGCUGGACAUGCAGCAGCUGGCGGCGCGGUCGACGGCCCGGUCGGCGCUGUCGUGGCGCGACGUGGCGCUGACGGUGCUGGCCGAGGUCUGCAGCGUGUACCCGGGCCGCGGCGACGGGGGCACGCCCGAGGCGCUGUGCGGGGCGGGCGGCCUGGCGCUGGGCAGGGAGUUUUGCAAGGCCUACCCGGGCAUGGCGGUCGUGUCGCCGUGGGGCAGGGCGGACGCCGCGGGGACGCCGCUGGCCCUGCCGGACUGCGACGUCGAGGACUACGAGGGCUGGAUGGUCGGGCGGUUCGCGCAGGAGCACGGCAUCCUGACCUGGAGGGGGAGGAGCGGCGAGGGGGUGGUGGAUGAGCUGGCGGUUGGGCAAAAGAUUCGCCUCUGGCCCAACCAUGCCUGCAUCACGAGCAGUCACUUUGGGUGGUAUUUUGUGGUCGACUCGGACAGGGUGGGCAAGGAGGAUGAGGUGGUUGAUAUUUAUAUCAAGACGAGGGGAUGGUGAUGUCGUGUUGGAAAGAGGACAUGAGGAAAUGCUUGAGAGAUGAUUUUUGCAUUCUUGUGUUUUGCAAUUGCAUCAUGGUAAUUCAGUGAGGUGUGCAAUUUGACCCGGAAGUCUCUUGCUGAACAACGCCAAAAAAGGAACAAACAAGAAAAAAAAAAGAAAAAAAAAACACAACUCCCAAGCCCAACCGUCAGAAUCUAGUCAGCCCUCGUCGACUCGGCCGCAGCUCCAAAAACCUCGAGCGCAUGCCCCAGCCGAUCCCUGACCAGCUCCAACCUGGGCAGCACAUCCGGCCCCAGCGGCAGCGCCGUCUCGCCCUGUCGGCCCUCGCCCACGCCCGCGCCCACAACCACGUCGACAAUGACCUUGGCCGCCUUGUCCGCGUCGCCCGCCGCCUUCAAGGUCCCGGCGGCCAUGAGGCCGAUCAUGUCGUGCACCGUGGUGCCGUGGUAGUCGUCCGCCAGCGGGGCGGCCCCGGUGCGCGCCGCGUUGGCCAUGUUGGUGCCAAAGGUGCCCAGGUAGGCCGUGACCACGCGCACGUUGAAGUCGGCCACUUCCUUGGCGAGGACUUUGCAGACGCCUGUGGGUUUUGUCAGAAUAAAAAGUUGGAUCUCCGUCUUUCCGUCUCCACAGGGCAGCACUCACCAUCCAUGGCCGCCUUGGCCCCAGCAUAGACACCCAUGCUCUCGCGGCCCUCCAGCCCAGCCCCCGAGCUGACGUUGACCACGACGCCAAAGCGCCUCCUCCGCAUGUGGGGCAGCACCGCCCUGACGAGCCUGUAGGGCCCAAAAAACACCGUCUCGAACUGGUCGCGCACCUCGGCCUCCUCAAACUGCUCCACGGCCUGGUGGAUCGACCAGCCGGCGUUGUUGAUCAGGACGUCGAUGGCGGUGCCGCCCUGCUCGAGGCCCUCGACCAGCCUCCCGCCGGCGUCGGGGCUGUCGACGUCCAGAGCCAGCCAGCGGCCGCCUGCGCUCUCGAUCUCGGCGACCAGGGCCGGCGUCCGAGAUGGGUUGCGGCUGGUCGCCACGACGACGUGGCCUGCGGACUGGAUGGCGCGGCACAGGGCCAGGCCGAGGCCGGAGGAGCAGCCCGUCACGAGAAAGGUGAGCGGGCGCGACGGGGUGGUGAAUUGGGUGGUUGGGAUGGCCGUCAGCGUCUUGUUGGAUGACUGGGACAUGGUUGCUGCUGUGCGUGCUGCUGUGUGCGUCCUGCUUUACUGUGGUUGGAUCGUCUGCGAGUGUCGCAUUUGCUCCAAGGUUCAUGUGUUCAACUUCAUGAUGAAAGUAAUGUUGGAGAUGCCGCAAAAAUCUGUUAUAUAUAUAGUAUUGCAAUGUUUGGUUCCAUUUGCCAUCAUCCAGCGUCAUUCAUUGUGUAUAUCACAUCGCA